UUAACUCACCAGCUCAAUUAAGCCCUUGAGUGCAAGGACAUUUUUUGUCAUUAGUCUUCAAUAGCAUCAGUCAAUAUGUUCUGCUUAAUUCAUCUGACUUCCGUGUAGGCAACGUGGAUUCAGUUCGGCAAAUAUUUGUCUGUCCCGGCAUGUUCCGUGUGGUUGACUCAUGGCAACCAAUCAAGGUCGAGUCUGAAUUUUGGCUGUCAGCUGGGAUAGGCUUCAGUACCCCAUGACCCAGAACAUGAAUAAGCGAUUUAGAUAAUGGGUGGACGGAUAUUUUUUUUCCCCAGUUGAUUGAGCAACUCCAGUUUCUUUUGUGAAAAGCGAUGAGCGAAUUUACGGAAUUAACAUUCUGAACUUGUCUAACGUGUCAUGUGACGACCUACAAAAUUCCAACACUGUCAACCCGAGCUAUAAAAUGUUUGUUGGUCAUCAUUGCCAGCAUCCAAACGUCAAGCCUCCAAAGAUGGCUCGUCUUCACCUGUUGGUCGUCCUUUGUGUGAUCGUUGCACUGAGCCAAGCUAGGUUCAGCAAUAAAAUAGAAGACCAUAACUGUCCUGAAGGCUGGACUCAGCUAGAUAAGUACUGUUACAUCUUCGAGCACGAGCCCAGGACCUUUUCAGAUGCAGAGAGGGUCUGCACCAUUCUCGGCGGGAAUCUGGCCUCGAUCAACAGUCGCCUAGAAAAUGCAGUGGUUGUUGAGCUGAUUCGGGAGGGGGCUGGUUCUGUCGUAGACACCUGGAUUGGACUCCAUGAUGCAAUUCUGGAAGACAAUUUCAUAUGGACCGAUGGUGAAACCUUUAAGUUCUCAAACUUCGGUGCUGGCCAGCCUGACAACACUGGUGGAAAUGAAGACUGUGUAGAGAUUCGAGGGGACUCACUGUGGGAUGACGAUGAGUGCACCGACUUAAACCCAUUUGUUUGCAUCAGACCCGUGGAGGAAAAAGAUCACUAAUCAGCCGUUUUACCAUGUGAUCUUCUCGAGUAAUAUAUUUGCUAACUUUGAGAUCAGAUCUGUGCUCUCAUUCAAUGUUCAUUAGAGGUUCAGUCACCUGUUUGCCAUCAGUUAAGCUUAUUUUCAUGGGUAGCCUAUCUUUUCAAUGAAUUAACAUUUUCUGAGCAUGACAA